AUGAACAAGCUUCACUCGUUCUUCGGCAGGAAAAUGUCUAAGGAAGCCGACAAGGUACUUUUAGGUGUGGGAAGGGAAAAAGAUGAAGAGCUUGGGUUGAAAAUGCACAUAGAAAACUCUGCAAGAGAUGUAAAUUCCCUUUCUGUCUCCUCAUUCUGCUAUGAGUUUGGGAUUGGAACAACUGUCGAUAUGAAGAAGGCUGAAAUGGGGUACACAAAGGCUGCAUUGAGCGACAAUGGGCUUGCACUAAUCAGGCUAGCAUUUAUAAGGCGGUUUGGAAGGCCUACGGCAAUAAUAGAUAGACAGGAAGCUGAAAGACACCUUGACAAGUUAAAACGCCUCGGCAGGAGAAGUGCAGACUGGCUGUUUUAUGCAAGCAAGCAUGGAAAUCUUUACGCUAGGUAUUGCUUGGGGGUGUGCUAUCAAGAAGGAUAUGGGGUUCCUGUAGAUCCAUUGCUAGCCGUGAAGUACUAUAGCGAGAGUGCCUACGAAGGAAACAUUUGCUCAAUUGGAAUACUUGGAUAUUGCUUUUUGAAGGGGUUUGGAGUGGAAAAAAAUGAAGAGAUAGCCGUUGAACUGUUCAAAUAUGCAUCUGAAAAGAAAGAUUCGACAGCAUUGUAUAACAUAGGCUUCUGCUACGAAGAGGGAAGAGGAGUGGAAAGAAACUUCUUCAAGGCCUUUGAGAUGUAUAAACUGUCUUCAAAGAUGGAGAACUCGUAUGCCCAAAAUGCACUAGGCAACUGCUAUGAAGAAGGUAAGGGCGUAAAUAGAGAUCUUCAAAAGGCCUUUGAAUUUUAUAAGAAGAGUGCGUUACAAGGAUACCCAUCUGGCCAAUGCAACCUAGCAUUCUGUUAUCAGAAAGGAAUUGGAACCAAAAAAUGUUUACAGAAAGCUUUCGAAUGGUAUAAAAGGGCUGCAGUUCAGGGACUUAGUAGAGCGAAGCAUAACAUUGGCUAUUGCUAUCAAAAUGGAUUGGGAACUCCUCAAUGCAUGUCCAAAGCUAUCUACUGGUAUAAGGAGUCUGCAUCGGAAAGCAACAAGCACUCAAUACAUGCGUUAGGUGUUUGUUAUCAGCAUGGAUAUGGUGUAUCUAGGGAUGAGAGACUGGCUGUAAGAUACUUCAACGAGGGUGCCAAGGCAGGGUUUGACGAAGCAAUCAUAAGUCUUGCAUUAUGCUACAGGUCCGGGACAGGCGUCAGAAUAUCUCCAGAGAAAUCCUUCUCGCUUAUGAAAAGGGCAGCAGAAAUGAACAACGCCUCUGCUCAAAAUACUUUAGGAUAUUAUUAUGAGGAAGGAUAUGGAACACUCAAAAACAUAAGAGAGGCGAUAAGAUGGUACGAAAUGAGUGCCAAGCAAGACAAUUCGUGGGCAUUGUUCAAUCUGAGCAGUUUAUACUUUAAUGGGGUUCACAUUCCACCGGAUGAGAAAUUAGGAGUGAGCUUACUAUUUAGAUCAAGAGACUUAGGAAAUCCCAGGGCUGCAAAUACUUUAGGAUAUUGCUUUGAGAAGGGUAUUGGGGUUGAAAAGAACCCAAAGCUUGCCUUUGAGCAUUACACACAAGCAUUUAUAAAUGGAUAUUCAAAGGCAGGAUAUAAUCUUGGGAGAUGCUAUGAAAAUGGCAUUGGAACUGGGAUUGAUCUGGACAAAGCCUUGUAUUACUUUUAUAAGUCAUCUUCAGUGGGAGAAGAAGCCUCUUUGCAAAGGCUUAAGAAGAUACUGUCUUCUUUAAUUGAACCAAACCAUAUGACAAUUCCUCCUUGUGCAUGA